AUGGAGCCUGCUAGCUUUGCAGUAGGCAUCGUAGGACUUGCAGGCCUCUUUAGUUCCUGCUUAGAGGCUAUUGACAGAGCGAAGGACUACAUGUCAUUUGAGACGGACUCUCAAGCGUUGAAUGCCCAGUUUGAGGCUGAUCGCCUGCGCUUCGAACGCUGGGGCAACAGCGUUGGGCUCGGUCCGGGCGGACAGCUCUCGGCCGAGCACCACAAGCUUCUCGAUGAUGAACGAACAGCCGCGACAGCGAUGGGACUUCUCAAAUUCAUCAACGAGGUCUGUAGCCCACAUGGGGUCUCACAACAGGAAGCGGCUGGUGACAGGGCGAUGCCGUGGGCUCGCAAGGGUUUCGGUCCCGUCAGCGCACAAGCCCUUCAGAGCACAGUUGGCGGAUCGAGGAGACGCAAGCUUACUUGGGCAUUCGGGGGAAAGGGAGAGCGGAAGUCUCAGGUCGAGCUGUUUCGGAGAUCGGUGCAGCAAUUGCACGAGUUGGUCGCUCCAGGAUCUAUGGAUCCUUCCAACAAAAUGAUGCACGCCGAGUCACAGUCGAGCCAUGAAUGGCUUGUGCAAAUUCAACAAUUCCUAGCUGAGAAAGAGGCCGAGAUUCGACGAGAGGUUCACCGCUGGCUCGUUGGUGAUUGUCGUCCAAACGACGUCUACGAUGAGUCCCUCCAUAGAAAAUUGACUGGUACUUGCGACUGGAUGCUUCAUCAACCAAGUUUCACUCGCUGGGUCUCACCAGACUUCCCUACAGACAGGGCUAAGUUACUUUGGAUGUCAGGACAACCCGGCUUCGGGAAGACGGUUUUAUGCGCGCAUCUUGUUGACCACCUGUCUUCAACUCUCGACGCCCCUGUCAGCCACUUCUUCUUCUCGUCUGAUCAUGAGAGUCGUAAUGACCCGUACGAGGCCAUGCGCCAUUGGGUCUCUCAGAUUGUAGGAGCGGACCAUAGAGCGUUUGCGUUGGUUCGCCAAAAAUGGCACACGACCCAAGAACCGAUUGCCCCGCGACUCACCAUCAUUCAACUCUUGCGCGAGAUCAUGCGCGAUGUACCGGGUUGCACGCUUGUCGUUGACGGUAUCGAUGAGUGUACAGCACUGAGUGACUCUUCUCGUUCCGUGGCAAGAUUUCUUGAAGACGCCCAGGAACUGGCCAGCAGUACAACACGCAUCUUAGUGGUCAGCCGGGAUGAGGCUGAGAUCAGACAGACCCUCCAAGAAAGCUCUCACUGCACCUUCAACGAGUUUAAGAUACGGUCCGAAGACGUGCGUGCCGAUACUGCGGCUUAUUCACAGUUGAUUGUAGAUAGGAGGCUCAAGGCCAUGCGCGAGGAGGAUAAGGCGAGUCUUUCAGAAAUGAUGAUGGAACGAUGCGGAGGACAGUUCCUCUGGCUCAAGAUGCAAGAGAAAACGCUCAAGGGAUGGAUGAACAAGCGACAACUCGAGCGAACCAUUAAUACAACCCCCUCUGGACUCGACCACCUCUACGAAAGGCAUUGGACCCGGAUCACCAGAAGCGAACUAGAAAGAGACCGGGCUUUCUCAUUGCUACGCUGGGCGGCCUUUGCGAUUAGGCCCUUGACCGUUGGCGAGAUAAUCGAAGCAGUGCUCAUCGACGAGGACAACGAUUGUGUCCGGUUCGAUGAUCUUCCCGAUGUCAUCAGCGACGAGUUCAUCAACGACGAAAUCCUUCAUCUAUGCAGCCCACUCUUAGAACUGGGCGACCUUCUCCCAAAGGCGUCCUCCCCCUCACACCGUACAGUUCAGCUUGCUCACUUCACGGUCAAGGAGUUCCUCGUUCACCGCCUUCCUAUCAGAGACAUAGGGACGAACGGAGACCUACAAACGUCUCUUGAACAAAGGCAACAUACCUUGCUAGCAAGACUAUGCCUAUGCUAUGUCCGUUCUCACCAGACAUGGUGCGACGCAACCACAAACCCAACGGGGAACCACCCCCAGGCCAAUUUUCGACGUUAUGCAGCAUCAUCAUGGUACGCCCAUGCAGAUUUCGGUGUUCCGUUGGAGAUGGACGAGGGCACGUUGGAACGCAUACUCGAAUUUAUGGACGAAGCUCACCCUUCUUGGAACUCGUGGAGAGCUUGGUUUGAUGCACAGAACGAGGAAGAGGCAGAAUAUGCAGAGGACGAGACCACGACCCCGGGACCUAUCUACUAUGCCGUGAGACUGGGGCAGACAACUGUUGCCCUUCGGCAGAUCAAUUCCCGAAGCUGCAUUGAAGAGCAAAUCGAAGGGAGGAGGUCACCCUUACACCGCGCAUGCUUUGACGGCAAUAUGGCCAUUAUCGAGGCCAUGUUUGAAUCCGGUGCUAGCAUUACAGCUCGAGACAUCAGAGGAAGAACCCUCGUCUAUUCAGCGUCGUGGAAUGGCAAGGUAGAAGUAGUGAAGACGCUUCUCCAAAAAGGGGGGCAGCAACAACUGGAUGCUGUUAAUGACUACGGCUGGACACCAAUCAACGUGGCAGCUGAUGGUGGCCAUCUUGAGGUAGUCAGGCUACUAGUUGAGAAGGGGGCCGAUUUGACGAUUGCUCAAACGGCUGGCUGGACACCUAUACACUCGGCUGUAACCGGCGGCUACGAUGACGUGGUCGAGCUGCUGGUCCGCAGUGGCGCUGAUAUCACCACAGCUGACUCUGAUGGAUGGACACUCCUUCAUAAGGCCGCGAAAAACGGUAACAUUGAAUUAGCAAAGCUUCUCAUGAGUAAUGGGGCUGAUGCCGCGGCGAAGAAUGACUGUGGGUGGCCGCCCCUGUUGAUAGCUGCAGAGAUGGGCCACUGUGAGGUGAUUCAGAUGCUAAUUGACAAGGGAGUCAACACGAUGGUGGCCCAGAAUGAUGGAUGGACGCCACUUCAUGUGGCUGCAGGCAAUGGUCACCUUGAAGCGGCCAAACUGCUCAUUGACAGCGGGGUUGACAUCACGGCAGCCAGCAACAUUGGGUGGACACCAAUCAAUGCUGCAGCAGCUCACGGCCACCCCAAAGUAGUCAAGUUGUUACUCGACAUGGGGGUGGAUGUCGAGGCGAUUGACAAGAGUGGAUGGACGCCGCUAAGAGCUGCUGCAGUUAAUGGUCAAAUCGAAGUCGUUAAGUUCCUUAUUAGCAGGGGGGCUCGCAUCACGGAUGCUAAUGAAGAGGGAUGGACCCCGAUCCUCAUGGCAGCGUCUAAUGGCCAUCUUGAUGUAGUCAGGCUACUGAUUGACGAAGGAGCUGAUGCCAAUGUGGCUAACAAACAAGGCAAGACACCAAUGCGGGUGGCAGCUGAACAUGGCCAUCAAGAGGUACUCCGAUUACUCGCGGACAGGGGAGUUAGUAUUACACCAGCUGGUGAUAGUGAAUGA